CUUUGCACCACAAUGCACUCCGCGGUGCAUUGUGGAGGGUGCUCUUGCUCCUGUCCUCCGGUCCUGCUAGCUUGGAGGAGGGGUUGUUUUCUGGGAGACGUAGCCUUAAGUUUUCAGUCUAGAGAGCCGAUAGUAAGCGGCAUGUGUCCAGCUUAUCUUCCUGGAGGUUUUGUAUAUUCUCAGAACGGACAAAAGGUACAUACGAAGAGUUAGCAGGAACAAGCGGAAGUCCAGAGCACAUCGUGAAAACAUUGAGAGGAAGGUUUAACCAGUUCAACUAGUACAGAGAGACUGCUGAAAAGUACACUAACUGAGUUCAAUCUAAAGUUAUUGCUACGACUUUCCUCUCUUGUUGCUUCCCGCGGGCCUACAGGCUCAUACAGUAACAUUUUUCAGCCUCCUUCAAUCUAUGUUUGGUUGUGAUGGAGGUAACGUUGCACCGACUGCUGCUGUUUGCUGGCUGCAUGAACUCUUCCAGGAUGUCAUCUGUUAGAAAACGAGUUUUCAGCUCCUGCUGCUCACUAUUUGGUGGGGGUCAAACUCUGAUCCUCUUCAAUGGACCCACAGUUGCACACCAGCUGAGGCAAGCUGGUAGUAGAAAGGCGGGCUUGCUCAGCAGGAGCUGCAGGGAUAUUGACUCUACUUCCACAUGUUAUCAGAGGCCAAUGUUAUUAAGAAGUCUGCAUAGGAGGUGUCAGUCUGCUGGGCUCACGAAGGACAUCCUGCUGCCAGGAGGAGCAGCCUGUGCUGUGUCCGCUGUGCGCAGCCGAGUGACCGAUGCCCCUCUGUCCACUGUGUCUCCAACCUUCAAUGUGAUGAAGUUUGAUCCGGAUGGAAAUGUGACAUCAUUUGAAAAGAAGAAGACAGAACUUUACCAGGAGCUUCAGCUUCAGGCCAGAGACCUUCGCUUCCAACACAGCACCAGCCUCAGCACCAGAAACAACUGCAUCAUCAUACGAAUGGACUCUUUGAAAGUUAUCCUGACCCAAGAGUCGCUUCUGGUGCUGGAUUAUCGUGGUUUGAAUCUGGAACGCUGGCUGGUCCUGGAGCUCGCCCCUCAGCUAGCAUUGCAGACGCACUCUCUGCCCUUUGAGUUUAGAGCACUGGAGGCCAUCCUGCAGCACAAGGUAAACACGUUGCAAACUCGGUUGAACGAUGUCGAGCCGAGCAUACUGGACACCUUGGAGUCGCUCGUGGAUCCUAAAAUCGUUUCUGCGGAUAGAAGUAAGCUGCAUAUUCUGCUGCAGAACAGCAAGAGCUUAUCGGAGUUGGAAACAGACAUUAAAGUUUUCAAGGAGUCCUUGCUGAAAAUCCUAGACGAGGAUGCAAUGAUUGAGCAAUUGUGUCUCUCCAGAUGGACAGAUCCAAGGAUUUUUGAGGAGAGCAGUUUGGGUAUCGACCACUGUGAGGAGAUGGAGCUUUUACUUGAGAAUUACUACAUGCAGGCCGAGAAGCUCGCCAACAAGACCAGAGAGCUCAAGGGACUGAUAGACGACUCGGAGAGUGUCAUCUUUAUUAAUCUGGACAGCCAUCGUAAUGUGAUGAUGCGUCUGAAUCUGCAGCUGACUAUGGGUUCUUUCUCCCUGACCUUGUUUGGGCUCAUCGGGGUGGCUUUUGGAAUGAAUUUAACGACGGCCUUUGAAGAUGACCCUCGUGCUUUCUGGCUGGUAACAGGCUUCAUGUUUUUGGGCAGCGGGUUAAUAUGGAGACGCCUCUUAUCGUUUCUAGGACGGCAUCUACAUCCCUCAGGUCCAUCACUGAUCCCUUCCAUUUGGAAAAAAAUAUAAAACUGCAAGAUACUAAACCUGGAGUCAAAUGAAGUCCUGCUUUCAAUGUAGGAAAACAACAACAACAA